GUGGCGGCCAAGCUCGCCCCGCGCCGCUGGAGCUGCCCCCGGCCCGUCCAGGUUUUGCUGGAUACACAAAAUCAGUAUUAGAAAAAAAUGUCUCUUGACUUUGAUAGUGGAGCUCUACAAACUCAACAUGAAGAUGAAGACUAUGACCAAGAAGAUUAUGCAAGAGAACAAGAGUUGCAACAAUUGUUGACAGACCUUCCCCAUGAUAUGCUGGAGGACAGUGGAGACCAACUCUCCAGUUACUCAGACUGUAGCAUUCAGGAGACUGAGGAACAGUCACAUGAGCCUGGGAAGCUUGAUGGAAGGUGGAAUGAUCAUCCAUUGAUAAGUGAUCCUCCAAAUGGCUAUGAACAAGGACAAAAUCUGUACCCUGAACAAUUCUUGUGUGACCAGAAAACUGAUCAUGUUGAAAAACAUGGGAAGAAUUGGAAUGGCCUACAUAAUGAUGAAGAGAAGAAACAUUUAUAUGAUGUUAAAGAAGAUUACUGUGGCCAGGAUGGCCAAGAUGAUCCAGAUGAUGUGUAUCUUGGUAGAGAUGGGUUUAACUCUCCAAGUUGCUACCAAGAGAACAAUGUAUAUCAUCUUCCUGAAAACUUCAGGCCUUAUACAAAUGGCCAUAAACCAGAAUUUAACAAUCAGCAAAAUAAAAUAAUAACAUUUUCAGAUGAUCCAAAGGAACAUCUUAAGCAAUUUGUUGCAUCUGAUGUUGUCAAUGGCCAGUCACCAGAAUCUUACAAAGUGACUUAUAAACCAUACCAAAAUGGCAUUCAUCAAAAUAUUCCAGGAAUCCAAGAAGGAAACAGAAGAAAUGAAGUGUUUGAAGAUUUGCAACAUGAAUUCUUGGGCAAUGGUGAAAAUUCUUCAGAAAAUAUGCGGAUUCUUCAACUUCAAGUUCUAAAUAAAGCAAGGGAAAGGCAACUGGAAGAACUUAAUGAAAAGCUAGAGAAGAGUGCACAGCAGAUUAGGUAUUUGAAUCAUCAGCUUUCAAUGGUCAAAGAUGAAAAGGAUGGUUUGGCUCUUAGUCUUCAUGAGUCUCAGAAACUCUAUCAGAACGGAAAGGAACGGGAAAUGCAUCUUGAAGGUCAAAUCAAGGCCCUUGAGACUCAAAUUAAGACUCUUACUACCAAUGAGGAGCAGAUACUGAAGCAAUCCAAAGUGGCAGAGGUGGCCAUGGAAAGCAUGCAAAAGCAGCUGUUAGAACUUCAGCGAUCAGAUGCCCUCCAGCGAGCCAGAGAACAGCAUGAGGGCAUAAUUUCUGCACUCAAGCAGAAGUAUGAACAGCAAGUAUUGUCAUUAGAGCAGAAACUUGAUACUACACAAUCUGCGCUCCGAGAGCAGAAAGAGCUUUGCAAAAAUCUAGGAGAGCAUGUUAAGCAACUUGAAAAAUUGCUGGAAGAAACCAAAUGUGAAAAAACUGAAAUAAUAAAUCGACUGACAAGAAGCUUAGAAGAAAGCCAAAAGCAGUGUGCAAAUUUACUGCAAACAGGCUCAAUGCAGGAGACAAAUCACUUACGGUUUCAAUUGCAACAAGCUCAGUCUGCACAGAUGAUAAGCAACAACAUGAACAAGGCUUUGCAGGAAGAAUUAAUGGAACUGAAAGAAGAAAUAGCUUUGUAUGAAUCUGCUGCCAAGCUUGGAGUAUUUUUGAAUGAUCCAGGUGGAGAUCGACACAUGAGCCUGGGUGAUUCCUAUGUAGAACUGGGAAUUAAAAAAAUCACAGGGAAGGAGCCAAAAUUCUGCAGUGCAAUACAGAAGAGAGACAUGGAUAAAGAGCUCUCUAAAGAUGAAAUUAUUGUAGAAUUAAAAGCUGAGCUGGAACGUUUAUUGAGCAGUAAUAAAAUGAAGAGAAACCAAAUUACUCAACUACAGAAUAAUCUUAAAGAUUGUCAGAAGACACUAGAGGAAUACAAGCAGUUGACAGCAGAAAAAGCAUCAAGAGAUUCAGAGCCUGUCACAAAUUUGAAGGAUGCUUCUGAUAAUCUGAAGGAAGAAGUUCUGAGACUCAAAAACACUAACAAAGCUUUGCUACAGGAAAUUGAGGCACAUAAAUCAACUAUUGAAGAACUGAAGGAAAAUGAGGAAAAACUGAAAAGCUUAAAUCAAGACCUCUGUUGUCAGAUGAGAAAGAUGGUUCAGGAUUUUGAUCAAGAUAAGCAAGAGGCCAUUGACAGGUGUGAAAGAACUUACCAGCAACACCAUGAGGACACCAAAGCACAUUUUGAGAAAGAUCUGAUGGAGAGGUUUGCUUUGGAAAAGCAGCGGCUUCUUCAAACUUCUGAAGAGACAAUCUCACAGUUAAAGGGUAAUAUAGAGGAGCUGAACAAAGAGAUUACCGCAGUGAAGGAAUGUUACAUUGGAGUUUGUCGGGAGAAGGACACCUUGGAAACUACUUUAAGACAGAAAUUUCAACAAGAGCAGCAGCUGAAGGAAGAGAAGCUCAAGAAACAGCUACUAGAAGAAAAAGAAGUCUCCCUUAAACUUCUGAGGACUGAGCUUGAAGAGGAACAUGGAAGGUCUAUGACAGCAGCAAAGAAGCAGUGGCUGGAAGAAAAAGACCAGCAGGUUCAAGAGGAAGUUGCAUUAGCCAAAGUUCACUGGGAAAAGGAAGAAAAAGAGGUAGAUACAGCUUUAACCCAAGCUCAUGCCAAGUGGCUGCAAGAGUACAAACUGAAUCUAAAGGUAGAACAAGAAAAAUGGGAAAAGGAACAUCAAAAGACUACAGCAAAGCAGUUAGCCCUGGUUCUGUCAGCUGCUGAGGAGAAAUGGAAGAAAGAAUAUGAAAGUACAGAGAGAUCUGGACUAAGAGUUAAAGAACUUGAAGAAAAGAUAAUUUCUCUGAGGAGGGAAUUGGAGCUAAAGAAAGAGGAAAUCCCUGUAGCUGUCAAAGCAGAACUAGCAAAAGCCCGUGUGCAGUGGAACAAAGAAAAGCAAGAAGAAAUUCAACAGAUACAAGAGCAAAAUGAGAGAGACUACCAAUCAUUCUUAGAUGAUCAUAGAAACAGAAUUAAAGAGGUCCUUGCAACAGCAAAGGAGGACCUUGUAAAGCAGAAGAAUGACCUCUCCAUUCAGAAAGAAGCAGAAAUAAAGAUGUUACUGGACCAAAAGCAGAGAGAAUGGGAGGUUCAGGAAACCAAGAGACUGCAGGAUGAAAUUUAUCGGUAUGAGGAGAAGACUCUGGUUGAGCUGGAGUAUUUGUUGAGUGAAAUUCAUGAAGAGCUAGUCAAGUGUGCACAGAGCAAACAUUCUUGGAAGGAGAAGUGUUUUGACUCUCAUGUUCAAUUAACCAGUCAAGACAAAGACAAACUGAAGGCUUGUUUACAAAAAGCCUAUAGAACCACAGUCUGCACAAUCCUGGAAAAGAAAGAGCAAGAAUGGAAAGAGAAAUAUGAAGAGCUAGUGAGUAAUGCAAAUAAAGAAUCAUACCCCUACCCACAACAUGGUGCAGGAAACACUGGGGAUGUGGCAAGACCCCCUGUAUGCAAUGUUGGACACCAAGCAGAAGCACAAAGGAGACUGAGAAGACAGCCAGCCAUGCAGGAAGCUGGAACAGACAAAGAAAAUGAGAUGGUUCCAGGGCCUCUAAUUGCAGAAAACUCUGAGAUGAAGACUAAACUGAAAGACCAGGGAUCACCACCAAGGUCACUGGGAGGUAUCUCAAAACCUUGUGCAUCCUCUGACUCUGUGAAAGGUCUGGAAGAAAUGCGUGCUCACUAUAUUAAAGCUUUGAGCAAGAUUAAGUGUGAUAUGCUUUGUUAUAUCCGUGAAAGUAAGGAACGAGCUGCUGAAAUGAUUAAAGUGGAAGUUUUAAGAGAGCGCCAAGAGACAGCACGGAAAAUGCGCAAAUACUACUUGACAUGCCUUCAGCAACUGCUCACUGAUAAUGGCAAACAUGAAGGAGCUGAAAAGAAAAUAAUAGAUGCUGCCAGUAAACUUGCUACAAUGGCUAAAGGACUGGAAACGCCUCUUCGACACAUUCCCCAGCGCAAAUCUGCCCGCCCAGCUCUAUGUUUAAAUUCUGAUCCUGGAGGUGAGUGCUCCAAAAGAGAUUAUGUGCUUCGAACUAGGUCACGCCAUGUGGAAAGCAAAUCAUGUAGUGAAAGCAGUACUGAAAAAGCCACUGAUAAAGUUGUCCAAAAGUGUGUUCCACGUGACUUGAGACAGCAGUUUGAUGCAACACAGACCAAAACACAACACGUGCUUCAUGAAACAGUGACUUCAGAUAUUCAGAACAGGAAUAAUUCUCAAAAUCUCGAUGGUACUUCUAGGGGUGUUCUACCAGAAUGUUAUCCAAAUGAAGAUGGAAGAAGAGAAAAAUAUGGCUCCGUUGCAAAUAUAGACAAAGGACCUUUGUGUGCUGUGAGUAAUGGCAUUGCUCCUCCCUCUGCUGGUCGGGGAACACUACAAAAUAUGCGGGUACCCAGUGUUACAAAUGGCUACACCAGCUCUGGGCCAACUCAUCAUAUGCUUAAGAGCAAGAAUGGAAGAAGGGGCUUGAAAGAGGAUAAAGGUAUCCAAUCGUGUGGAAAAUGGAAAACUAAGUCUAAGAGAACUCAGGAAUUUGAUUUUAAAGACGCUCCAGAAAGAGAUGAAGGAAGCAGCAGUGAAUGGAGUUCUGGGAAUGGAAGCUUGCAUCUGGAUUGUGGUGAAAUGCCUCUCUUGUAUUCUCAACAAAAAGCCAAUACUGAUGUUCAAGCACAGACUGUGUACUGUGGAGAGUUUUCUCACAUCAGGUCACUUUCCCCUGCAGAUGAAAAUGUUACUUCUUGGAGAGACAUUUCUAGUGGCAGUGGCAAGAUUCUCAGUACAAAAAGCAGCACAAAAGUUUACAAUAGAGGCCAGCAGAUAGCAAACCCAGAGCGUACUUCAUUCCUCAGCUCUUGACAAAUUAAAUUCAGCUGUCUCACAACUCAAUGCAACAUCAAAUUCAAGUGUAGGAAAAUGCUGCAACAAAUCUUUGUAGAAAAAUGGUGUAGAAUCUCCAGUCUCAGCAAGAUAGUGGUUUUUAACUAGCCACUCUCUAACUUGAACCAAUACCAGCAGUGCUUGUUUGAAGGAAAAAAAUAACUUGAUGUUUAAAUAAAAGUGUGAUGAUUGAGGAAAAUCUCUUCUACUGUGUCCAUUUCAUGAUCAAUGUUACACAAACAAUUUUUAUCCAAUUACUUGAAAUAUUACUGUGGACUUUUGUUUACUUUUGUAAUAACACUUCCACAAAUGUUUAUGUUGCACUAGAUACAAAUUUAUUAAAUAGGUUCUAUUUUUAUAUUCAAUUUAGUGUGCAGUGUUUAUUUAAAACCAAGCUACUGUAACUUGUCAUUUUUUAAAUGGUUAUCAAAAUUAUUUCAGAGUGUAAUGAGAGA